UCCAAGAUGGCGCUUGGCAAAGAAGAAAAAGACUCGAAAAUGGACGUCGAAAAAUCGGCCACAGAGACGACAGAACCCGUCGAACCAAUGACUUUAGAAAUUUUGCCACUGAUCAAAGAGACCCAGGGGCAGCAUGGGUUAAGACAUGGUGACUAUCAGCGUUACAGGCAGUACUGUACCAGGAGACUAAGACGUCUCUACAAGACUCUUCAUUUUCAACAUGGGUCAAGAAGCAAUUUCAAGCCCAAGAAAGUUACUCAAAAUCUCGUCAAAGAUGUCAAAUUUUUACACAUUCYUCUGAUGGAUGCAGAAAGGUCAUGGAGCCAUGCCAUGGAGUUAAAGCUUCUUGCCAACACAGAACCCAGAAAAAGAUUCCACCUCAUAAGAAGACUGCGCAAAGCUGCAACACAUGCCGAAAGCCUAGAGAAACUAUGCGAAGGAGAACUGUGUGAUGCUAGGACCAAGCUUGAGGCACAAGCCUAUUCAUCUUACAUGAAAGGAGGAGUGAGCUUUGAGUUGCAAAAGUGGAAAGAAGCUCUGGAACUGUUUGGAAGAGCAAGGACUAUCUAUGAGAAGCUUGCUGGUGCCUUCUCAGAGGAACACAGGAACAUGUAUCUACAAAGAGCAGAGGAGAUCACACCUAACAUUCGUUACUGUGCAUAUAACCUUGGCGAGGGGGGAACCGACAUUAGYGAUCUCAUGCAGAUGAGGCUGAGUGCAACUGGAGGAACUCAGGACCCAGUGCUGGCUGCCAAGAUUGAUGAGGUCUUAGCUCAAACCCGCGAAAAGGAAGCAGAAUCUAUGACAGAAGUGACCUGGCGUGGUCACUCCCUUCCAGUCAAGAAUGAAAAGGUCCGUGGUUUCAUCUUACAUGCUCAGCAAAUUUCACGAGACCUUGAUCGUGCUGAAGACGUCGAUGGAAAGAUGUCCAUGUAUGAAGAUUUGUUGAUGGAGUGUAAAGAUGCUAUGCAGGCUAUCAAAGAUGAGCUGAAGGGAGACGCAUCUUCAGGCAAGACAAGAUCCCAGAAAACUGAGUCACAAGUUGCUCAGCUCCAUUCCCUGCAAUCCUACAUCAGUCACGUGAAGCUCAGCAAGACAAUCAACAGGAAUCUACUGAUGAUUCAAGCCAUGAAGAAACAGUUGCCUGUUAAUCUGCAGGACUCAAGUGAGGCAGUUGAACCUGACACUACCAAGAAACUCACAAAACCUGAGGACCUUGUCAGAUUAUAUGAUAUUAUAUUACAGAAUUUAACAGACAUGUCUGAACUACCUGGUGUUGAUGAUGAUUUUGAGAUGAGCAAAGAGAUUGCUGCACAAAUCCUAGAGUACAAAGCCUACAGAUGUUUUUACAUUGCCCAUAGUUAUUUCCAGGCGAAGAAAUGGCGUGAGGCAGCAGUAUUGUAUGAUCGAGUGACGAGUCACGCAAUAUCAGCCAUUACUCACUUUAGUGAAUGUAAAACAUUUCAGUCACAGCAACAAGUUUCAAAGUUACAAAACCUGGUUUCCCUCGCUCGUGGUGCCAAAUGUUCUGCGCAUGCGUCAAGUAUAUUAGAAAGCGAAACUUUCUCAGACCAGAUGGCUACAGUGGCUCUGGAAGACAAGCCUCUGUCUGAGCGACUAGACGUCUACCACAAGGACCAAUCACUGGUCAGUAAAAAACCAAACGUCACCACUUUCCCGCCAGAAUUCCAACCAAUCCCGUGCAAACCUUUGUUCUUUGACUUGGCGCUUAACCAAGUGGAGUUCCCGUCGUUGGCCGAGCGCGUGGAGACAAAAAAAGCCGCAGGAAUAUCUAGUUAUUUCAAAGGAUGGCUUUGGGGUGGUGGUAGUUAACUGGGUAUUAAAUUAUAGAAUAAUAGGAUAAGGAAUUCCCGUUCAAUCCAUAGAUAACCUCCAGAAACUGUUAAUACAUAUUAAAGAGAUGAAUUGACUUCCAUAUUGGAUGAUAUUUUAGAGCAUACGAAAAAGAAAUCUCUUGUUUAUAUCAUCCAACAUGGCGACAGUGACGUCACAGAACGUCACGUUCAAUCAAAAUGGCGACUGUGACAUAACUCCAGUUUGUUUAAAGACAAAGCUUGUUACCUUUGUUUCUAGUCAAUAGUCUCAAUGAUUUCCUAUUGGCUGGAAAGGCGUAGUUCUGUUGGACAUGAAUUGCUUUCUCCCUAAGACAAUCAAAAUGCGAGAUUUGUCCAUUUUGUCCAAUCACAACGCUUAUAUACGCUUAAAUAAUACACCAACAGAAUUUCAGCCAAUCACUGUUCAUGUAAUCAGAUAAAUGCCCAAUCAAGGUGCAUUGACUCAGUCUUGUUAUUUGAGCAGCAAACGAAGCAUCAGAAUAUGAAUCAAAAAUUCACUGGAAAAAAGUUUUUCUUGAAGUGUGAAUUCAAUACUUAUUCGGGAAAUAGUCGGAAUCUACUGGGAAUAUAAGCGGGCAAAUGGUAUAAAUUUCUACGAUCUU